AUGCCUUUCGGCCACCACCAGAAUGCGCAGAACAACCCGGCGGCUGGGAUAUACCAAGCCGCGGCGGCAUUGGGCAGCAUAGGCGCGCCCAUGGGAAAUCUGCGCGCCGCAACGUCAGGCCAAACCAGCGCAGGCACCGACGCCUUCCAGCCCUCCAGCAGCGUCCAGUCGCCCAUAGAGCAGCCCUACACGGCACCCCCAGCAGCGCAAGCCAGCUUCGAAGCCCCGCGGCGAGCGCCCACCGGUACUGCGAGCCGUGCAUCUGCGCCCGAAUCCGAGCUUCAUAUCCAGACGGCCACUGCGGCGACAGCGCCCGCACACGCACCCGCUCCAGGCCAACCACCGUCGCAGCAACAGCAGCAGCAGCAGCAGCAGCAGCAGCAGCAGCAGCAGCAGCAGCAGCAGCAUCAGCAGCAUCAGCAGCCGAACAUGUACAAUUCCCCCGACAACUACGCGGCCCCGAGCAUGCAGCUACAGCAAGCCAAACCCCCGGGAGUGCGCAGUACGGCACCCCCUCCCUCACAGCCACCCGCCGCUGGUCCUGGUCAGCAGCGACCCGCGCCUUCCUCAGCGUACACGGCGCCCGCAAUGGUGCCCACGCAGAACCAGAUCCCCAGCAAUGCCCAGCAGUACACACUCCCUACGCGCUCCAACACCAUCCACCAGUCGCAGCCUUCACCACAUUCUUCGCACGGCUAUUCGCGAUCGAGUCCAGCUGGCCUGGGCCCCGACCAGAAGUACAUUCCUUUUUCCAACACGCCUGAGCAGUCCAAGUACGCUCCCAACACGCCCUCGCAAAAGUACUACCCUUCAACGCCCUCGGGCGCUGCCUCCCACUCCCCCCUGGGACUCGCCGACAUCAGACCACGCGCAAACUCGACCAUGGACCAAGAGGGCCAAAUGGGCCACGGCAAUGCCAUGACGACCGAGCAGGGCAAAGUUGCUACCAACAGCAAUUACCUCGCCCCUUGGAGCAUAUAUGCAUACGACUGGUGCAAAUGGGCCGUCCCUGGCGGCAAUAGCGCAGGAAAGAUGGCUGUGGGCAGCUAUCUUGAAGACAAUCACAACUUUAUUCGUAUCCUAGAUACUCAGAUUGUCCCCCAGGACGUUACAGCCCCCGGCGCAUCACCAUAUGGCCUGGAAUACAGCGCCGUUGCCGAAGCCACAUGCUCAUUUCCCGUCACACGAAUACUGUGGGAGCCACCAUCGUCUCAGAAGCAGUCGACAGACCUCCUCGCAACAUCUGGUGACCAUUUGCGACUCUGGUCCCUACCUCAGAGCUCUGGCAAUACCAUGAGCAACACCAUCACAAGAUCCUCUUCCAUAAACACACGAGAGCCUCAACUACCUAAGCUUACGCCCCUUGCCCUCCUCUCCAAUUCAAAAACCCCCGAACACACCGCGCCACUCACCUCUCUUGAUUGGAACACCUUGUCUCCGAAGCUCAUCAUCACGUCCAGCAUAGACACGACGUGCACCAUUUGGGAUAUACCUUCACUCACUGCCAAAACGCAGCUGAUUGCACACGACAAGGAGGUCUUCGAUGUGCGUUUCUGCGCCGGAAGCGUCGACGUUUUUGUAAGCUGUGGAGCCGAUGGUAGCGUGCGCAUGUUCGACCUGCGUAGUCUCGAGCACAGCACCAUCAUCUACGAGCCUUCUGAUAAGAACGGCGACCGCGACAAGGGCUCUCCGACAAGCGGUCGAAUGUCACCCACCAAGGCUCAGCAGACAAUGUCGUACGCGCCCCCGCUGCUCCGUCUCGCCGCCUCACCCCAUGAUUCGCAUCUCCUAGCUACAUUCGCUGCCGAUUCAAACCUCAUUCGCAUUCUCGACGUGCGGCAGCCUGGGCAGGCUCUUCUUGAGCUCCGUGGACAUUCGUCGUCAGUGAACAGCAUCGAAUGGAACCCCUCACGGAGAGGUAUGCUAGCCUCUGGUGGAGAUGAUUCUCUCGUCCUCGUAUGGGAUCUGUUACACGCCAACAACGGCGCAGCAAUAAGUAGUGAGCAUGCAGCACCGCCGCAACCGCCACCAAGCGCCCAUCCUGCAAAUGGAGCAGCAGGGGCACAGAAUGCGCCUGUUGGCCAGAAGGGGCCAUAUGCUAGUUGGAGAUGUGAUUACGAAGUCGGGAACAUUAGUUGGGCGCCACAGAGCGCACUCACGGGGCAAGGAGGCGAGUGGCUCGGCGUCGCUGGAGGAAGAGGCGUCUGGGGGGUAAAGCUAUGAUUGGCGACAUUCCCUAGUUUUCCAAUGAACGAUAAAUGUCUACGGCUUAGGUGAAACAAUUGGUGGGUGGCCUGUACUGGUGAGCUCUCGGUUUUGUAUGUUGCGGCUCUGCUUCGGGGGAAAGUAAAAGCACCUCGCCGUCCUUGCGGGCGUUUGUGACGCGGCUUGAUCAAGCAAGAUACCUAAGCUUUCUGCAGCAAUUUCGGAAAAUUCGUUGAAACGAAACUGAUCGAUCACAUGUGCAUCAUCAGAGUAUUUGCUCGACAACUUCGCUCUUUCAAUCAUGUUAGGAUGUUGAAAAGAAAUAUCUUCUGAUAAUGACGCUGAAGAUCGAUCUGAGCAGCUGCAAUGUUGCCGAAGCCGCGCAUGGAAGUAGGGGCCAUGUGUGUCUGAGGAGGAACUCGGACCCAGGAUCGGGUGGCGGUACUUGGCAUAUCGUACGACUAAACAUUCGACACCAAGAAACCUG